AAUCAUGUUCACUUUGUGUAUGCAAAUAAUUUAACAAAUCGAUUUAAACAAGACAUCUUUGUACCUCAUUAUAUAUGCUAUGAUCAAGAAUGAUGUGAAUGGCUUCCGGCUACUAUUUUGACUAAUGGUUCAACUUAUCGACGUACUUCUGAAUUGAACAUGGAUACAUCAUCGAUAGAUUCAUAUAAUUUUGUAAGCAAUAUUCUGACCUUAUUUCGUAAAUGUUCAAUCACAAAGACUAGAUAUACUGAAUGUCCAAAGUCAAAGUCAUAUCGUUGUGCAAAUUCAUCGGAAUGUAUUGCUUUGAAUCGACUCGUUGACGGUUUUUUCGAUUGUUUUCAAGGAGAUGAUGAAGAAAUCACAAAUAGUUGCUCUUUAUCAGAUAUAGAUUAUUGUUAUCGAUGUUCUUCGGAGCACAAAUAUAUUCCAAUGACUAGAGCUAAUACCAAUCGACCAAUUUGUAUCGAUGGAGAAGAUGCAAAAUUUGUACACGAUACAUCUCGACAAACUUUUCAUUGAUCAUUUACAACACUUUGUGAUGGCUUUGUCGAUCGUUACACAAUCGAUAGACUUAAUUAUACAGAUGGAAUGGAUUGUAAAGAAUGGGCCUGUAACAAUAUAUAUACGCGAUGUGAUGGAAAAUGGAAUUGUCCGAAUGCAGCUGAUGAAGCGAUUUGUUCUGCUAAUCCAUGCCAUCCCGAUGGUCAUCUCUGCAUGUCACCGCACAGUAACAAUUUCACCUGUUUAUCUCUUGCUCGAAUUAAUGAUGGCCACAUUGAUUGUAUAGGUGGCUACGAUGAGCAAUAUCGUUGUGGAAUUAAAUUAGGAUCCAAUCUGGAUAAAAAUUAUCGAUGUUUCAAUGAAACAAAUUAUAUUCAUAUUUAUCGAAUGUGUGAUUUAAACAUAGAUCACUGUUCUUCGAGCUAUGAUCGCGAUCUAUGGUGUAUAAAAAAACUCAAAUCCAUCAGCUUUGACAAAUAAUAUCACCUUACGUCAAAGACCACGAAAUGCAAAUGAAAAGUCUUAUUGGAUUCAUCUAUCUUCGAGCCUUAAAAGAGAGCCUUAUGUCUAUUUCACCUUGAACAAUAAUUUUGUCUAUUCUUCUGUUGAGAGCAUUACCAAUCACAACAAGUCGAGCGCAAUUACAACUGUACACAAUUUUUAUUCUAAUCACAAAGCUAAGAAGUUCUGUUGUGAAUAUACAAACUCUUUGAUAAGCCAGAUUUGCAAUCGUGGAGUUCCUGUCUAUCAAAAUAAUUUAAAUGAAACCUCCUGCUUAUGUCCACCAGCCUAUUUCGGACAUCGAUGUCAAUAUCAAAGUGAACGAGUUGGUGUCAUAUUACAAUUUCGAGUAAUUCAAUGGCGAACAGUAUUUACUUUUGUGAUCAUGCCUAUUGACGGAAAUACAACUAUUCAUUCGUCAGAACAAGUUGAUUAUUUGUCCGUACGUGAUUGUCGAAAAAAAUUUGAUGUGUAUCUUCUCUAUUCAUCCCGACCAAAACAUAUCAAUCAAACAUUUUAUCUACGCAUCGAUAUCUAUGAUAAAGACAAAAUGGAAUAUUAUUUCUCAAUGUUCUAUCUUAUUCUAUAUUCAUUCUUACCAGUACAUCGUCUUUCAUUACAAAUCAAUGUUUCAAUGUUAGAUGUUACAGCCAAAUUGACGAUAUGUCCUUUGAAAUGUCUACAUGGAAGAUGUCAACGUUUUCUAAAUGUCGAUCAAUACUUCUGUCAAUGUUCUGAUGGCUAUUCUGGAGCUUUAUGUACAGUGAAGAAUGCAUGUUCCUGUUCAUCGGAUUCAAUCUGUGUUGGAGUUGUCAACAAUCGAUCAAUAUGCAUUUGUCCUCUUGAUAAAUUCGGACCGCGUUGA